CAUUGCGAUUUCCUUGUUGUCAAAACACAGAAUGGAUGCUGUGAUUUUAGAUAACGUUAGCUAGCUAAAUCACUUCAAAGUUACGUAGAUACCCAGUUUAUUGCACUAAUAAUUGUAAUCUCUCAAGUUGUCCAACUCUGUCAGCUUUUAAACCAAGGUUUUUGCGUUAUCGAAAUGGGGAAAGGUUGCAGAGUUGUGGUGUGUGGUUUGGCAUCUGUAGGAAAAACAGCCAUCCUUGAACAGCUGUUGUAUGGCAAUCACGCUGUUGGUUCAGAGUCCACUGAGACCCAGGAGGAUGUGUAUGUGGCAUCGGUGGAAACGGAUCGUGGUGUAAAGGAACAGUUACGUCUCUAUGACACCAGGGGGCUCCACGACGGCCUGGACCUUCCCAAGCACUACUACUCUGUGGCAGACGGCUUUGUGCUGGUCUACAGUGUGGACAGCCUGGAGUCCUUUAAGAGGGUGGACGUCCUCAAGAAGGAAAUAGACAAGUCCAGAGACAAGAAAGAGGUGAUGGUGAUCGUGCUAGGGAACAAGACAGACCUGCGUGAGCGUCGUCAGGUGGAGCAGGAGGCAGCGCAGCAGUGGGCGCGGGGGGAGAAGGUCAAGCUCUGGGAGGUCAGCGUCACUGAGAGGAACUCUCUCAUCGAACCCUUCACCAUGCUCACCAGCCGCCUCACACAGCCUCAAAGCAAGUCUACCUUCCCUCUUCCAGGACGCAAGAGCAAGGGCACGGCGUCCAACGACAUAUGAACUGAACUCAACCUCAAGAGCACCUAAGUUCCAAGUACUUCAGGGGGGAGAUGUUAGAGAGUAGGGUUGAUGAGUUAGCCAGCCAACUUCAAUUAAUAUUCUGACUUCAUAUCACCAUGACUCUACAUUCCAUAGACAACCAACAACCCAUAUUACGAGCUUUUUAUUUAAUUUUUUAUUGACUAGCAAAUCAAGAGAUGUAUCUUAAAUGCUUAUCAAAGUGAGCUGGCUAAAUGAGUGAGCCUGCUUUGUGGUGUCACCAUACACCCCUCUGGUUUCAGUGUGUCCCAUCCUAUGGGAUGCCUAUAGUAGCCGCUGUACAGCAAGGUCUAGACCCAUCUAAUGCGCCUUUAGAGUGAGGCAUAUUACCUAGUGUAUGGCCUACUACCAUAUAGUGUACGGCAUAUUACUAGAUACUACCUAGUGUAUGGCCUGCUACCAUCCAGUGUAUGGCAUAUUACUAGAUACUACCUAGUGUAUGGCAUAUUACUAGAUACUACCUAGUGUAUGGCCUGCUACCAUCCAGUGUAUGGCAUAUUACUAGAUACUACCUAGUGUAUGGCAUAUUACUAGAUACUACCUAGUGUAUGGCCUGCUACCAUCCAGUGUAUGGCAUAUUACUAGAUACUACCUAGUAUAUGGCCUACUACCAUCUAGUGUACAGCAUAUUACUAGAUACUACCUAGUGUAUGGCCUGCUACCAUCCAGUGUAUGGCAUAUUACUAGAUACUACCUAGUAUAUGGCCUACUACCAUCUAGUGUACAGCAUAUUACUAGAUACUACCUAGUAUAUGGCCUACUACCAUCUAGUGUACAGCAUAUUACUAGAUACUACCUAGUGUAUGGCAUAUUACUAGAUACUACCUAGUGUAUGGCCUGCUACCAUCCAGUGUAUGGCAUAUUACUAGAUACUACCUAGUAUAUGGCCUACUACCAUCUAGUGUACAGCAUAUUACUAGAUACUACCUAGUAUAUGGCCUACUACCAUCUAGUGUACAGCAUAUUACUAGAUACUACCUAGUGUAUGGCAUAUUACUAGAUACUACCUAGUGUACAGCAUAUUACUAGAUACUACCUAGUGUACAGCAUCUUACUAGAUACUACCUAGUGUACAGCAUCUUACUAGAUACUACCUAGUGUACAGCAUAUUACUAGAUACUACCUAGUGUACCGCAUAUUACUAGAUACUACCUAGUGUAAGGCAUAUUACUAGAUACUACCUAGUGUACGGCAUAUUACUAGAUACUACCUAGUGUACGGCAUAUUACUAGAUACUACCUAGUGUACGGCAUAUUACUAGAUACUACCUAGUGUAUGGAAUAUUACUAGAUACUACCUAGUGUACGGCAUAUUACUAGAUACUACCUAGUGUAUGGCAUAUUACUAGAUACUACCUAGUGUAUGGCAUAUUACUAGAUACUACCUAGUGUAUGGCAUAUUACUAGAUACUACCUAGUGUAUGGCAUAUUACUAGAUACUACCUAGUGUAUGGCAUAUUACUAGAUACUACCUAGUGUAUGGCAUAUUACUAGAUACUACCUAGUGUAUGGCAUAUUACUAGAUACUACCUAGUGUAUGGCAUAUUACUAGAUACUACCUAGUGUAUGGCAUAUUACUAGAUACUACCUAGUGUAUGGCAUAUUACUAGAUACUACCUAGUGUAUGGCAUAUUACUAGAUACUACCUAGUGUAUGGCAUAUUACUAGAUACUACCUAGUGUAUGGCAUAUUACUAGAUACUACCUAGUGUAUGGCAUAUUACUAGAUACUACCUAGUGUAUGGCAUAUUACUAGAUACUACCUAGUGUAUGGCAUAUUACUAGAUACUACCUAGUGUAUGGCAUAUUACUAGAUACUACCUAGUGUAUGGCAUAUUACUAGAUACUACCUAGUGUAGCAUAUUAC